UGUAUAUAUAUUGGCGAAAAUCAUAAACAUAACAGUAAAGAUAGUGGAUAGCCGGGCGUGAAAGCGGACUUGUGACGUGUUAUCAGGGCCGAUGCGAUAAGCGCUACGUCAGGCGCCGAUCCCAACUGCGCAGCAGCAGCGCCAGCAACAAAAACAAACACAAGCAGAAUUUGAAUUCGUAGAUGAGGAGAGGAGUGUUAUUAUUAUAAUCAGUAAUCAGAGUCGCCUUGUUUUGAUUUCGAAUUUCCUCGGAAGCGAAAUGAAACGAAACGAAAAGAAUCGGAUUCGGAUUCGGGUUCGGAUCGUAAUGAAAUGAAACUCCGCUCCGGAUAAAGCUGGCCAAUCGAAUCAACUUGUUGCGGAACCGCUGCGUCGCCCAGUAUUGAUUUAGCGCAUAUAGCCGACAGUUGUGAUUCGGAUUUCGAUUCCCAGCCAUAUAUAUUCUACAAACGAUACGAUAAUACGACGCUUCUCCAAAAACCAAUACCAUACGAUACCAUAUUUGUGUUCGUUUUUCAUUCGUGGGGGAGGUGGAUAGAAAAGAAGGCGGAGGAGAAGGAGGAGGAGGAGGAGGUGGACACCAGACCCAAAGCGGAAUUGACGCAAUUGUUGAGAACUAUUUUUAAUAGUCGGCGGGUCGAAAAUGUACGAAACUCAUCAAAUAUUCAGAAGACAGGCAGCCAAUAAGCCGAGCCACUGAUUCGGAGGUCCCAAAAUCGGAAGAGGAAUCGAAAGCGGAGUCAAUUGGCCGAUGGAAUCGGAGGAGUGCGCAGUGGACGCCAUGGAGAAUCGCCGUUUGCCGCUCUUUCCCAUCGAACCGGAGCCCUCCGUAACGGCGACGCAGCGCCUGACGCUCCUGGCGACCCGACUGCUGCGUGCUUUGCAACUCAACUGGAGGAUUAUUGUCUCGGGCAUCACAGUUACACUUCUGGCCGUCAUCUGGUAUUAUCCCACCUUCUUUCUGUUCUUCGCCUUCGUCGUCUAUUCGCUGGUCUUGGUCUUUGCGGCUGUGGCGGGCACCGUCUAUAUCCAUUAUAUAUUCACCACCAACGAGCCGACGCCACCGAGUCGCGUGCCCUCGCGACUUCUCUACAAUGCCACCAAAAGCAACAUCUUCGAUCUGCCCAAGCCCAUCAAGAAUCCAUCGAAUCUGCCAUUGAUUUUCGGCAAAACAGUGGACCUGCAGCUUCAGCAGAUCAUUGAAUAUGUUCUGCGGGAUUUUAUGCUGCCUUGGUUGGGAUAUGUGGUCACCAAGCCCAAGCUGAUCAACGAUGUGGUGCGCGAGGAUCUGUGGAAUGCCAUACAGAAGAUACACGAACGGGCCACCCGAAUGGACGCCGCCAAGAUCAUAGCCGUGGACAUGGUCAACCGGGUGACGGUGCAUCUGGAGAAGAUUCGCAUUGCGGAGGCCAGAGCAGCCGAAACCAACACGCCGCCCGUUUUCAGUACGAAUCCGUAUCUCGCCGACGAGGAGAAGGAGAUGGAGUUCCUGCGCAAGCUGUGCGAGAUUAUGGUGAUUCUGCUGCUGCCCCGCGGCUACUCGCUGCCGCCCUUGAAGGUGCUGCUCAGCGAGAUUCUCUCCUACAAGAUUUUCUUUCCGAUGAUCAAAAUGCUCACGGCACCGGACUACAUUAACCAGAAGGUGGUGCAGAACAUCGAAACCCGCCUGGCGGCGGCGGCGAUGAGCAAGCGGAGCUACGAGUACGCGGCCAGCUUCGAGGACUUCCUGAAGAUCAUCAACAACUCGGGCAACCUCGAGGAGCUCUCGCUCAUCCGCAAGAGCAUUGUGAACGACCUGAUGCAUGCGACGACCAUGCAGAACCUGCAGCGUGCCAAAGGCCUCGAUCCCGAUCACGAGGACCACUCGCUCUCCAAGUCGGAGCUCACGGCCGCCGUCCGGCUGAAGCGCUACGUUCGCCAGCUGACGAUGGCCAAGGGCGAGUGCGAGAAGAACCUGGCCAAGUUCGGCUGGAAUGGCAACUACUCCAGCGAUACAGACCUAACGCUCGUCGAGAUCCUCAACACUGCGGUGGGCCGUCGCUACUUCACCCUGUUCCUGGAGCCUCUAAAGGCGAGCGCCCUGAUCGGCUUCUAUUUGGCCGUGGAGGAAAUCAAGCACGCGCACAAGUCGGCCAGCCAUCAGCUGGGCACCGAGAUCUUCUACACUUACAUCCGGGUGCCCAAGUCGGAGAUCCAGAUCGACAAGCACGAGCGCAAGCUGAUCGAGACGUUCCUGCUGGGCGACGCGGAUCCGGAUAUUUUCUACGACAUUCAGCGCAAUAUAUUGCGCACGCUGGAGGAGAAAUACUAUCCGCCCUUCGUGCUGAGCGACCAGUAUCGCCAGCUGAAGGAGGCGCUGGACUCGAAUGAGAUUGCGGAUCCCACGCUGCUCAUGUGCCACUCGAUUGGCGAUGCCCCGCUGGAGCCGCUGGCGGACGAGCAGCCAGAGGCGUCGGAUGGUCUAAAUGGCGGGGCCGGUGGCGCCAUCGAUGUGGCAGCCCAUACGUCGUAUGCACGACGAAAACUGGAGCAAAUACAGGAACGCAUUGACAAGAAGAACCAGGCGCUGGACGCCCUCAAGUACUCGGUGAAGCCGGAGUCCAAAGUACUCUCCAUUCUGGAGAAGGAGAUGGAGUGGCUGAAGAGCGAGAAGCGCCAGACGGAGGCGCAUUUGCGGCGCACCGACGCCUGGACGGAGCACCUGGGCAAGUGGAAGGCGACCAUUCAGAGUGUGGAGGUCUCCGAUGAGAAGGAAUCGCUGCAGUUCAUGAUCCUGGUGCACGUGGACGAGGACAUCAAUGCGCCGGCUCAGCCGACAUCCUCGAAAAACGGCGACAGCGGGCAGGCGAAUCUGCGCAAGCGACCCUCGGGCAUCUCUAGCGGCUGGGUGGUGAUGCGCUCCCUCAACCAAGUGCAUGAGCUACAGCGAAAACUGAGGCAUGUGAGCUCUAAUUUAAAGGCCAUUGACCUGCCCACGAACUUCAAGUUCUUUUUCCUCAAAACCGAUCGUCAUGGCCAGGAGAAGGCCAAGCUGCAGAUACAGAAGUUCUUGAAUUUCAUCCUAGAGGACGACCAUCUGAAUGGCAGCGAGGCCAUCUACACGUUUCUAAGUCCCAGUUCGGAUCACCUCAAGCAAUCGCUGCCCUCGCCGAAGAAGUCCAAGUUCUCGCUGGCGACGCUCUUCCGCAGCGAUGCCGGAAAGGCCGCGCACGAGGCCAGCAGGGCCACGGAUCCCUUUUGGGGGCUGCAGCGCGACGACGAGGACAUAUCCACCUACCUGGACGGCGAGUCGGGAGUCGAGGCCAAGAUGCUGGCUGCCGAUUUGGACAGCAAGGAUUCGAUAGCCGAACCUAUGUACGCCUUAAUGGGCGAGAUCUUCGACAUGGGCGGUGUGUUCAAGUGGCUGCGCAAGAGCCUCAUCUCCUUUGUUCAAAUCACCUACGGUCGGACGAUCAAUCGACAGAUCCGCGAGUCGGUGGCCUAUCUCUUCGAGGAGUCCAUGCUGCACAACUACUUCUCGGCCGUACUCAAAUCCUUUUGGCCCGGCGGCGUCCUGGCCUCCGCCUAUCCGACGCGAUCGGAGGAUAUGCGCGAGAUGACCACCACGGCGGCCAAGGCGCUGCUCACCGACCACAUACCCGAGGUGCUGUGCAAUCUGGUCGGCGCCCAGGCGGCCAAGCGGGGCGUCCUCAAGGUGUUCGAGGCCCUGCAGAAUCCCGCCUACAACAAGCAGCUCUUCUACGAGCUGCUGGAGAUACUCAUGAUCGAGUUCUUUCCCGAAAUCCGCCAGCUGCGGGUGAACAAUGCCAAUGGCAGCAAGCUGAACACGGCCACCGCUGGAGCGGCAGCUGCCUCCGCUGCAGCGGCACUGGUGGCGGCCACAGCCUCCGCUUCGCUGCCCUCGCUGAAUCACAGUGCCUCCGCGGGGGGCAACCACAACCAUCAGGGCUCCUCAACGGGCAGUGGAUCCUCGGCGGGAGGAAGUGGCUCAUCCGCAAGUGGACAGUCGCACUAUCACCACGCAUCCCACCACCACCACCACCACUCGCAGGCGGGCAGCUCCAAGUAGCUUACCUUAACUUAAACUUUAUAUUUUAUUUAUGUUUUUUUUUUUCGUUCGAUUUUAUACUUUAUGUUCGAUGUUUAAUGCUCUCUCUCCCUUUCUAUUUCGGAGAAUAUUGUUGAUUUAGCCGGAGAUUAGGGAUUACAAAGAGUAGUUACGUAGGAGACCACACAACUCAGUAGUUACCAGUAUCAUUCCCUGUACAAAUGCAGAAUGCAGAUUGCAGAUCCUUGUUGACUCGUUUGUCCUGUCCCCCACUUCCUGUAGGCCAGAUUCGAUUGUUAUUUGUAUGUGUAUAUGUCUGUACAUAGGUCAGUAUUAAGCGUUGUACCAAAUUGUUGUUUAUAUACUCGUACUCGUAUAGUGAAAAAUGUGACACUCAGCUUUGAUUGAUUAUGUUUAUGAUUAUGACUAUAGUUUAGUAGCAGAUAUUGAGUCCAAAGUUGGUGCUUGUGAUCCCCCAUCCGCUCCAGCUGCGGAUGCAGUUAGAUUUUUAUCUCCCCCGCAAAAAGCAAAGAUUAUAGUUCACAAAACAGGUGGGAUUCCAUGGCCAUAAGCCAGGUUCAGAGGUCACAACUUGUGUUGCUUUUGCCGUUUUGUUUUAACUUGUAAAAACUAAGGGCUUUAAUGAUAUGUAUUCCAUUUGGUGAUUUUUGAAAGGCAGGAUUUUAGUUGUAUGUUUUUAAUUUUUUAACUUUUUAACCCUUUUCCUUAACAAAUAGUUACUUUUAAUUAUUUAUUUGUUAAACCCCUGUAUUCUGGAAUUAAAUAUUGUAUUUUAAAACGUUUCCCAACUGACCAAAAAUUGUAUUUUAAUCGUUAAGUGCUUUGGUAUCAAAUAACCCUAAUGACUAAGCGUUGCUAAAAGCUGUCUUAAAUUCGUAGAACCAUUUAUAAUCCCAAAACCAACAGCAUUUUGAUACCAACCUAAAAAACGCAAAUCGAAAUUCGUAAAACGGUUUUUUGGACCCAUCCACUGUAGCACUAGGCACCUAGAUAGCCCAUCCCAGUGAGCCAAACGUAUCCCACUUGACACACCCACAUCCUGGCAGAGUUUCUAGGCGCUUUCAAUCUAUUUACGUAUUGCAGUUGUACACUUUUAUGUGAAAAUGCGAAAUAAAGAUCGCUAUUUAUGUA